AAAACAUAGAGGAUUUGUCCUCUCUCUCUCUCUCUCUCUCCAUUGUAGCAAAGCUAUGGAUUUUCUGCACAAGUUCUUGGGCAUUGCACUGCCUCCCUUGAUGCUCAUUGUGUUCUCUAUCACUUUGGCCCCAUUUCUCUUUCUCAAGUUUCUUUAUUUCUUAAAAAGAUCCAAAUACAGUGAAAACGUGGCGGGCAAAGUCAUACUCAUUACUGGAGCAUCUUCUGGAAUUGGUGAGUAUGUUGCAUAUGAGUAUGCUAGGAGACGAGCAUGUUUAGCCCUUAUUGCAAGAAGAGAGGACCGUCUUCAAGAAAUUGCAAAUAGAGCCCGACAACUAGGAUCCCCAGAGGUUAUUGUGGUACCUGCAGAUGUUUCCAAGGUUGAAGAUUGCAAGCAUUUUGUUGAUGAGACAGUGAACCACUUUGGACAAUUAGAUCAUUUGGUGAACAAUGCUGGAAUAACACGCUUUGAAUUAUUUGAAGAUUCCGUCCAAUUCUCUGAUUUUGCUUCAAUCAUGGUAAAAAUCGAGACCAAUAUGGUUGCAUUUCUGUCUCACUUUUGUAACAAGGACAUAAAUUUUUGGGGUUCAAUAUAUAGCACCCACAAUGCAAUUCCACACUUGAAAAAACGAAAGGGAAAGAUUGUUGUACUUGCUUCAACUGCAGCAUGGUUGGCUAUGCCAAGAUUGGGUUUCUACAAUGCAAGCAAGGCAGCCAUAAUAUCCUUUUUUGAGACAUUGAAGAUUGAACUUCGUUCACAUAUUGGAAUAACAAUUGUGACUCCUGGAUUGAUUAAGUCAGAAAUGUCCACAAAAUUAUCAAAGGCUAAAGCAGCCUGGACCCUAGCUAAGUCAACAGAAGGGUGUGCCAAGGCAAUUGUGGCCAGUGCUUGCAGGGGAGAUUUGUACUUGACUGAGCCAUCUUGGAUGAAGGUGAUGUUUUGGAUGAAAAUCAUGUGUCCUGAAGUAUUGGAAUGGUAUUUUCACUCGAGGUUUGUCAAGAGGCGCCAAACUUCAAAAGACUCCUAGCUGCAACAUCUAGUGUUUAUGCCAAUAAAUUCUUCAACAUAGUUUCAAUUUAAUCUCCAUGCAUGAAGGCAUAUAAAAAUCAUGAAGCCAAGCAAAGCUAAUGGGUCUCGCUUCAAUUUUGAUAUUAUACCUUUAGAGUUGAAUUAAUUUGUCAACUUGAUAAAUUAUAUCAAUAUCUGUUUAUGAAGCACAUAACUUGUCUUUUUUUC